CUUCUCCGGGCGACGGAUUAGACCUGCCACAGCUCCCCUGUUCAAGACCACCCACCUUCUGGUAUCAGAUCUCGCUCACCUCGAUUUUUUCCGUGGGAUAUUGAGACACUCCGUGACCGAGCCUCCUAAAGACUCCUGCUUCGUUCUCCCCGAAGGACUCAGUUUUCCCCGAGACACUCCUACCUUUCCCCGGGAGACCCCCAGCCCCUGCAGGGGCGGGGCCUCCCCAUCCCACCUCUGCCCCGUUCGCGCUCUCGGCGGUGCCGGGGGUCGCUGCCUCACCCAUGCCUCCCUCUCGGCUGCGGCUCCUGCCGCUCCUGCUACCGUUACUGUGGCUACUGGUGCUGGCACCUGGCCGGCCAGCCUCGGGACUGUCCACCUGCAAGACCAUCGAUAUGGAGCUGGUGAAGCGGAAGCGCAUCGAGGCCAUCCGCGGUCAGAUCCUGUCCAAAUUACGGCUCGCCAGCCCCCCGAGCCAGGGGGAUGUACCGCCCGGCCCGCUGCCCGAAGCCGUGCUCGCCCUGUACAACAGCACCCGCGACCGGGUGGCCGGGGAGAGCGCCGAGCCAGAGCCCGAACCCGAGCCGGACUACUAUGCCAAGGAGGUGACCCGCGUGUUAAUGGUGGACAACAGCCACAAUAUCUAUAAAAGCAUUGAGACUGUCGCACACAGUAUAUAUAUGUUCUUCAACACGUCAGAGCUCCGGGAAGCUGUGCCUGACCCUCUGUUGCUGUCUCGGGCAGAGCUGCGAAUGCAGAGACUCAAGUUAAAUGUGGAACAGCACGUGGAACUGUACCAAAAAUACAGCAACAAUUCCUGGCGCUACCUCAGCAACCAGCUCCUGACCCCCAGUGAUACCCCAGAGUGGUUGUCCUUUGAUGUCACUGGAGUUGUGCGGCAGUGGCUGAGCCAAGGAGAGGAAUUAGAGGGCUUUCGCUUCAGUGCUCACUGCUCCUGUGAUAGCAAAGAUAACACGCUCCGCGUGGAAAUCAACGGGAUCGGUCCCAAACGCCGGGGUGACCUGGCUGCUAUUCAUGGCAUGAACCGGCCCUUCCUGCUCCUCAUGGCCACCCCACUGGAGAGGGCCCAGCACCUGCACAGCUCCAGACACCGCCGGGGCCUGGACACCAACUAUUGCUUCAGCUCCACGGAGAAGAACUGCUGUGUGCGGCAGCUCUACAUUGACUUCCGCAAGGACCUAGGAUGGAAGUGGAUCCACGAGCCCAAGGGCUACCAUGCCAACUUCUGCCUGGGGCCCUGCCCCUACAUUUGGAGCCUGGACACACAGUACAGCAAGGUCCUGGCCCUGUACAACCAGCACAACCCCGGCGCUUCGGCGGCGCCUUGCUGUGUGCCGCAGGCGUUGGAGCCACUGCCCAUCGUGUACUACGUGGGCCGCAAAGCCAAGGUGGAGCAGCUCUCCAACAUGAUCGUGCGCUCCUGCAAGUGCAGCUGAGGCUCUGCCCUCUCCCGCCCCGCCCCGCCCGCCCCGGCAGGUCCGGCCCCGCCCCCGUCGGGGGCUGUAUUUAAGGACACCUGUGCCCCAAACUCACCGGAGGGCUAAUUAAAGGUGAAAGAGGA